CCUGCAGAAGGGUGGUAGGCACGGAUCCUUGCGGAGGUGAAGGGACAGCAUUAGCCCAGAGGCCAGGAGCUGGCACGCGGACAGGUCACAGCUGCGGGGCCGCUAUGAGCCUGGUAGCCUGUGAAUGUCCACAUGGCCCAGGUCCGGAGCCAGAGCCCUGUUCGCGAGCUCUGUCCCAGGCCUGCCUGUACCUGGAACAGAUCCGUAACCGGGUAGCUGCUGGGACUCCUGACGUGACCAAGCGGGACUACCUGGUAGAUGCAGCCACUCAGAUCCACCUGGCCCUGGAGCGAGAUGUCAGCGAGGAUUACGAGGCUGCCUUCAACCACUACCAGAACGGUGUGGACGUGCUGCUCCGAGGCGUACAUGUUGACCCUAACAAAGAGAGACGUGAAGCUGUAAAGUUGAAAAUUACCAAGUACCUACGGAGGGCAGAGGAGAUCUUCAACUGCCACCUGCAGCGGACCCUGGGCAGCGGAGCCAGUCCCGACACGGGCUUCAGCAGCCUGAGGCUCCGGCCCAUCCGCACACUGAGCUCUGCUCUGGAGCAGCUGAGAGGAUGCAGGGUGGUUGGGAUCAUUGAGAAGGUGCAGUUGGUCCAGGACCCAGCAACGGGAGGAACCUUCGUUCUGAAGAGCCUUCCCAGGUGCCACGUGGUGAGCCGGGAGCGGCUGACUAUCAUCCCACAUGGCGUCCCCUACAUGACGAAACUGCUGCGCUACUUUGUGAGCGAGGACUCUAUCUUCUUGCACCUGGAGCAUGUGCAAGGAGGCAGGCUGUGGUCACAUCUACUCUCCCAGGCCCACUUUAAAUAUUCUGGGCUCAAGUCUGGCUCUGCUCAGGAGAAGUCAAAAGUCCAGCUCAACACCCGCCUCUGCCUCGUGACCCCAGCAAAGCUCCCACCAGGUCACACUUCGGGGCAGGACAGAAUCCCAACGGAGCCUCCAUGGACUUCUCAGAGCCUUCCCCCAGUUAAGGAGACCCCAUCCCUCCAGCCUCAGGAAGAGGCUGACAGUGAUCCUUUGGCCAGGACCGGUCCUUUCUGCUUUUCGGACCUCACAGAAGCUCCGUGUGGCCACUCACGCAGCCAAGUCAGGAGAGCGGGCCAGAGUGCGAACACUGCACCCAGUCGGAGGCUCCACUGGGUACGGGAAGGGGCUGACCGGGUGCUAGGGGUCUACGGCCGAGGCAGAGGCCAGAACCCCCCAUCAGCAAACAGGGCCAACCUGGGGUGUGGACGAGCCGUCUGGAGCUCGAGGGAGGAGCAGGUGAGGCAGUGGGCAGCCGAGAUGCUCGUGGCGUUGGAGGCACUCCAUGAGCAGGGGGUGCUGUGCCGGGACCUUAACCCACAGAACCUGCUUCUGGAUCAGGCAGGUCACAUCCGACUCACAUAUUUUGGCCAGUGGUCAGAAGUGGAGCCCCGGUGCAGCCAGGAGGCUGCAGAUGGCCUAUACAGUGCUCCAGAGGUCGGGGGGAUUUCUGAGCUGACUGAAGCCUGUGACUGGUGGAGCUAUGGGUCACUUCUGUAUGAACUGCUCACGGGAACGGCACUGUCCCAGAGCCACCCCUCAGGAUUCCAGGCCCACACCCAACUUCAGCUGCCUGAGUGGCUCAGUCGCCCAGCAGCCUCACUGCUGACUGAGCUGCUGCAGUUCGAUCCCCAGCGGCGCCUAGGUGCUGGAGGUGGGGGCGCCAGCAAACUCAAGUCCCACCCCUUUUUCAGUACUAUCCAAUGGAGCCGACUAGUGGGGUAAGGGGUGGGUAAGUAGAAAAAGAAGAUUGUCUGGAUUGUCUGCCACCUGGCUGGCCCUCGUCAGUGAACUUCAGGGGCCGAAGGUGGGGCAGUAGCCCGCUUUACCUGCUCAGAACCUGCUUGGGCCUCAGACUGGUGACUGCUUCUGUCCUAAAGAAGUCAGCCCGUAACUGUUGGGAGAGGCGGUGAGGUGCGCCUUGCUGAGCAGCCUACACCCAUCAGCAACAGAUGCCUGUUGGACUCACACCCUUGGCUGGGGCCUCUCAUGUUAAAGGCGGCCUUCUGUUGCUCUAGCUCCAAACGUCUCAACACCUGCGGAGCCGACUGACAACCUUGGUGACACUGCCCUAUUGUACACCACUUACGACACCUCAGGACACUGAUCCCAUGGCUCAGUAGACCCAAUCCAAGACUGUCCUGGGUCCAUUUUCGCAGGCUGCUUCUACCAGCUGCUUGCUCCCACGGGUGUUGGGCACUCGGAAGUAGGUUAUUCUGUAGGGCUAAGUGGGGAGAGGUGAGGAAGUAUGGCCCACUGACAUUGGAGAAUCAACUAAGGGGAAGAGACGUCAGCAGGGUUAAGAGUGGGUAAGAAUGCACUUUUAGCACUCAGACUGAGUUUGCAAACAGAAUAAAGAGCUUUAUUCUUUG